UCGGUCAGUUAAACUUGAUUGCCCUAAUGCCAAAGUUUCAAGAAAAGAUCCAGCUAUAACAUGCGAGACAACAAUGAUGAAAACAGCUCAAUCAUAUUUGAAUAUUUGCCCUUUUAGCCGUCCAUACUAUGCUGGGAUGAUUUGCUGAAGUUAGAGGCCGGUAAUGUAUACAGAUAUUUUACGCCCCUAAAACCCAGGAUUACCCAAAAAAUUUCUCAGGUAUACAACCAGAGGUAAUAGAAAAUGGCAGAAUAUAAUGAUUCAGAUCUGAAAGGUUUGAUGGACGUGUUUCAAGUAAAGUCAGAAUUCAUUGAAGAUGAUGUGGAACCAGAAGAAGACAGAGAUAUUGUACAUAUCCAAGCAACAGCAGAUACCAAAGAAGAGAAUGAUAACAAACACAUACCAAAUGAAGGAUAUAUCAUGGUUACUGAAGAAAAAGAUGGACCUGAUGAUGAAACUGCAAUCAUAGAACAAGGUGGUAGCUUUAUGGGAGAAGAAAGUGAUGAUAUGCAAGCUGCAUUUGAUGCUGAACCGGAAGAUUUAAGUACUUUGGGUUCAAUGACAGAUCAGGAUCCAGAUGCCGGACCCAGCUCAUCAUUGCUCUACAAUGCUCUACGUCCUGGAGGAGCUGUAACAAUGCAGCCUAUUGGUAUGGGAGGUAUUAAGAAAAAAUUUGAUUGUCGCUGGUGCAAAGCAUCAUUUACAAAGAAAACUAGUUUAAGAAGGCACAUGAACCUUCAUAGUGGGAGUCGCCCAUUUCAGUGUCCAUUCUGUGAAUACAAUGCAACAAGAAAGGAUCAGUUGAAAACUCAUAUUAAAACUCGUCAUACACGAGAUAGCUCUAAGCAGUUCACUUUCAAAUGUCCCCUAUGCAGUAACAUGUUUCAGAGUCAGAGGAGAAUGACCCUUCAUAUGCGAUCUCAUCAGUGGGAUAAUUUCCCUUGUGAUUUGUGCCAUAUAAAAUUCAAAUCUGCUCAUGAGCUUGUACAACAUCUGAAGCGUAGGCACCCAGAUUCGGGUUCAGACCCAGGAAAUUACCCUUAUGUUUGUGAUGUGUGUCAUCGCUGGUGCCAUUCUAUAGAGGAGUAUGUAGAUCAUAUUCAGACACACCCACAAAGAUCCUUGGAGUCUCCUGAUUCUGUAGGUGAUCGUGCCUCACCCGGCGAUGCAAGUCAUUCUAAUGGUCAAUCAAGACUGGCAAGAAUGAGUAUCUUAGAGCAAGCACUUUCUAAAGGUAAUCCAUCACCGACAUCUUCAUCAAGGAAUCGUUUUCCCAGUGAAAGUAGUAAUAGUUCACAGAGACCUUGUCAAAGACCUGAAUCCAAACUAUCAGCUAAUAGUUCAACAUCCAGUAGUCAUGGGAAUCAAACUACCUGCCAUCCAUCUAGCCAGGGUGCUCUUACAUCUGCAUCCAUGCUUUCAAGAUUACUCCAAGGGGGACAGGUACAAAGUACAGCUUCAAGUACCAGCAAUGGCCCUUACAUUAUGAAAGCUGUUUCUCUGAACGAAGGCAGGAAUGUCCUUCGCUACCCUCAAUAUCCAGUUAGAAAUCAGUCACCUCUGUCUAACUCUUCAUCUUCACGGAUGCCUCAUAAUGUAGUGUCGCCAACAAUCAGCAGAGAUUCUCGUGAAAGUUUAGAUGCUCAUUCCCCUCAGCUGUCCUCAAACAGCUCUAUAUCCCGCAGCCGUAGCAAUAAGAUGAUGGACAGUUCAACUCAAGAUGAAGUGAUGCGAUGCGAGCAUUGUCAUACAAUCUUUGCCGAUAGUAUUAUGUAUGCCAUUCAUAUGGGAUGUCAUGACUGGCAGGAGCCCUUUAGGUGCAAUAUAUGUGCAUUCCACUGCGCUGAUCGCUAUGAAUUUAUGUCUCAUAUCACAAGAGGCCUGCAUCAGAAAAGAUGAAAUUCUCCUGUAGGUACAUGUAGGAGGUACCCUUUAGUGUUUGAUUUUUCAUAAUGAUUCAUGGUAGAACAAAUGUGGAACUGUAUAUAAUAAAGUUGUUUACAGUUGCAUUGAAAGAUUAUUGUGUAAUGUAAAAAAAAUAUCAUUGGUUAAUGAGAAAUAAUUUAUUAAUUACUUUGUUUCACUUGUACAUGUACAAAUAUGCGUACCUCUAUGUAAAUUUUAUCAUGGGUAUUAUCGGCAACGACGGUACAAAUGAGAUCGGUUUGCAGUCUGAAUGUGGGUCCAGACUCGGAGGAUACGAAUCCAAUGUUCUAUGAGAAUUGGAUAACUUUUCAAUUUCUUCAGACAUCUUUGAUUUAAUUUUUAAAAUUAUUAUUUUUCUUAUUUGUUUGGCAUCAUCUGUGCCUGGGAGGUGAAAAGCGAACUGAAUCACUAUGACACGGGGAGGGGAGUGCAGGUGUUGUGUAUUUUCUUGUCAUAUCCAUACAGAAUAUCAAAGAAAUAAUACAGUAAUGAGUUUGACAACAAUAUUGUUUUUCUUCUCUUGACUCAUGAGGCAUCCAUUUUAUUCGUAUUUCUGCUCAUGUACAAGAUGUGCAUAUAAUAGAAACAGUUCAAAGGUUUGCUUGGACCAUUCAUUUCUUAGAUGAUUCUUGUUACCGGUACUUAUUAUUGGUGCCUGAAUCUAAGGGCAAAUUUAGAAGUUUUUUCAUUCUUCAAACCAUUUAAGUCUCACUCUACCUAUCCUUUUUUACCUCUAUUAUCAAAAUUAUGAUAUUUGGGCUGCUGGUUGGUCAUGAUUGUGUGACUGAAAAUACAUUGCUGUUCGUUGUCAAAUCCUUUUUACACUGUUAGAUGAAAUAUCUCUCAAGAGCAGUGGACAAUUGUUGGUCAUGCUGAUUGGGUCACCUACGUGUAUCUUGACCAUUUUGGACAGUAGUAAUGUAGUUAUAGUAACUUGGACAAGAAUUAUGGUACAGAACAGUCAAGAUGGUCAAUUAACUUAAACUGACCAACAUUGACCGUGCAUGGGAACACAUAAUCAUGAAAGAGAUUUGGAAACCCCAAAAAAUUCUUAUACAUGUAUCUACAUUACAUAACCUACAGGUGAUAUACAUGUAGCUAUUGUAAAGUUAGUUUUAUGAAAUUAAUGUAAUGAUUUCAGAAGCCAAUUUUUAGCCUUACAAUGUUACAUGUAGCUAUGAAUUCUAAUUGACUCAAUUACAUUAAUGCUGAUUAGCUGUGGAACAAGUCGUAAUUGGCAUAAUUAGAAAGUGGGAGGGGACAUUAUUUUCACUUGAAUAAGCCUGUAUUUUCUCUUUAGGGAUGUAUCGCAUAAAAUAGCUGGUAUCGUUGUUUUAUACCAGGCCGGGAUGGUGGCACACAAAUAUAUCCUAUGCAUGUACAACCAAAAGAGUGAAAGUCAAAAGGGUAGCUCGCUCUGGUUCAGACAUGCAUGCUUUGUUAUGGUGUCUUAAAUGCCAAAAAUGGGAAUAAGUGAAGGGAUUUUUCAGAAAAAUCGCAAAAUCCAAAGAAAGAUGUUUCUGAACUUUCUUAAAUACUUUCACUUCCAUUAUCUUUUUGCUUAUAUAUUACUGGAUUUUUUGUGCUAUCUAUAAUUUCUUGAUAAGGGGCAUGAUUUGUAGAGUUUGCACUUUUUAGGAAAUAAAAUGUGAAUCACAGAAAACAUUGAAAUACAUGAAAAAUGUCUUAUUUGACAUAAAGCUUUAACUUAUAGGGAUGUCUUUUAAAAGCUUGCGGUUGCAUGUGCGUAGUGACAUAGUGGAGUGCCCCCUUCCUUGGUCUUAUGCCUGUUUAGAAUAGUAAUUAUUUAUCUCCAGUUGGUCAUUAUUGUAAAACCUUGCAUGAAUGAGUAUUAUAAAAACUUAUUAAUCAGAAUUGAGAAAUCUUUCAAUAUUUUGCUCUUCGAAUCUUUUAUUUAUGUUCUGUAAAGAAGAUUUUUUUGAAUUAAUGGUAUAAUGUUCAUGUAUGCUUAAGAUUUUUUAGUGCAAGGGUUAAGGUUUUUAUGUUCAUAAACCAAUAUGAGAUUUUUGUAGUUUUGUUUUAAAGAGUUUCUGUUCAUGUACAUUAUGUUUAUUUAUGAAUUUUCGUUUCAAACGUCAGUAAGAUCAUGUGCAAUUGGAAAGACAAUUUAGAAUACCAGAACUAGGCUUGGCCGCCUUGGGUACAGUAAUAGUAGGCUAUGUAGCAUAUAGAAACAUGUAAUUAUUAUUAAAUGUAUUAGAUUAAUUAUUACUGUAAUAUUAUUAUUAUUAUUAUUAUUAUUGAAACAGAAAGAUGAUGCAGUUACGUUCAUGAAUUAGGUUAAAGCUGUUUAUGUGUGAUGACAAUUGAUUUAAAGGUAUAUAAUAAAUCAUUUAUAUUAACUUUGUCAUAAUGUAAUAAAUGUAUAUUGAAGAAAUACUCUUCAAUAGAUUUCACCCAAGCCUUACAAUGUAGCAUAGAUUGGUACAGGUCACUUGAUUUGAUCGAGUGGUGUACCAGAGAUUUAAAGGUUAACAAGUUUUUGCAAUGCUCAUUGUUUCUUUAAUAUGAAAAAUAAACUGUUUGGAAAAGUAGAGCUAGGAUUUAUGAUUGGAAGCUACUGAUAAGCAUUAAAGGGAUGGUCCAGGCUAGAGAUAAUCAUAUCUCAAUGAAAAGAGUAAAUUUCUCAAAGCAAAACGCUGAAAAUUUGAUCAAAAUCGGAUAACAAAUAACAAAGUUAUUCAAUUUUAAAGAUUUGCAUUAUUCCAGUGAAACAGUUCUAGGCAUGUCCUUAUGAAUAUUCAUUAGGUGGGCUGAUGAUGUCGUAUCCCCACUUGUUCUUUUGUAUUUUAUUAUGUGAAAUCAGGUUUAUUCACAAUUUUUCUACCAAGAAUUAAAACAUUUGAAUUUACAACUGAUUAAGUGCAUCAGUUAUUUAUUGCCGCAACUUAUUUCAUCAUAAUGGAGACACAUCAUUUACACAUGUAUGAAAAAAUGAAACAUUUAUGAUUUCAUGUAAUAACAUAAGAAAAAAGGAAAGUGGAGAUGUGACAUCAUCAGUCCACCAAAUGAAUAUUCAUGACGAUGUGCAUAUAAAUGUUUUCACAACAUAUUGAUAAACUUUAAAAUUCAAUAACUUCGUUAUUUGUUAUCCGAUUUAGAUGAAAUUUUCAGCAUUUUGCUCUGUGAAUUUUACUCUAUUUAUUCAGAUAUAAAAAUUUUCAGCCCGGACCAUCCCUUUAACUUAGAAUUAAAAAAAAACAAUCAUUAUGUUUGUGUGUAAUUUCAUUGUAUACUGAAGGGAAAGUCAACUUUGCUUUUAAACAUACAUGUAAUUGGCAAUUUGGGGCCCGUUUCAUAAAGAGUUACAACUGUUGUUACUUUGCCAUUAUGGCAACUACCAUGGUUACUUUGAUUUUGAUUUGCUGCUGAGCCCUGUUGCCCUGGUAGUUACCAUAAUGGCGAAGAUACAACAGUUGUAACUCUUUAUUAAACAGGCCCCUGGUCAGAAUGCAAACCUGGUAGUCCAAGAAUAUGAUACUUCCGAAAAUGCAUGUAUAAAAUUAUUUAUAUUUGUCUCACUAAAGAGUCAAAUAAUUGUUAGGCCCUGGUAUGAAGCCAACCAUGCACAAACAUUAUCACCCUCAAGCAAAUUACUGUAUACUGGUAUGUACUUAAUAUUCAUAUACCGUAUUACAUGCAAAUAAUUAAAUAGCAUGAGGAAAUAAUCAGUGCGCGAUUCCAUGCUUUUGUUGUUUUUCUUUUUUAAAUUUUAUUUUUGUGUCCCAUCUAUUGUAAAGACUAAGUAAUCCAGUCAAGAUCAGUGUUGGUUCUUGUUCCCCUCCUGGUACUAUUUGAAGAUUACCGGUCUAUCACGAAAAUAUUUUUUGAUUUUCAUGUCGAAGAGAUGUAAAAUGUUGUUUAAAAAAUGUCCUGUACAGCCCAGCAUGGAAUCACCCCAGUUGAGUUUCAUUUGAUACACUGUAUGUAUCAGUAGGAGUUUCAAGCAGUCCACUUACUUAUUAAUUUGAUAUACUACUUUCACUUUCACUUAACCAUUUCUCUCUUUAGUUUAAUGUACAUGUAGAUAUGAUAGUUUGAGAAGAUGGAAUUUGAAUUACAACUUGCCAGUAACAAUAUGGUAGUAUAAAACCCCAAGCAUUUGGAUCGAAAUGAUUGUACUACAUGUACAUGUACUUGGAUGUAAAGUGUUAAUCUUGCCACCUUUAUUCAAAAUGUUAAAUCAAAAACUUACUCUGGUCAUGAAACUCAAACUUGAUUGUUAAAAUGCAGAUUUAUAUCAAGUGAUUGAUAGACAAUGGUAUUUCUAAUACAGUAUUUUAAAAAAAUGUUUCCAUGAUUGUAUUUUCUAAUCUCACUUUAAUGCUGAAAUUUUAUUUCCAUUUCAAAUAAUAUGCAAGUCUUUUUCAUUAUCCUUUGACAACUCCACAUUUAAUGCACAAUGUAUCUUAGCAUGCAGCCUGGAUGAUGUAAUUAUUUUAUAAAUCCAGAAGGUCCAAACAACUUAUAAAGUAAGAGCACAAUUGCUUAUGAAGUGAAUCAGAAUUAAGAGCUUCUUUUUACAUAAUUAAGAUCAUUAUUCCAGAGGUUUAUGAAAUGAUAAUUGGACAAAUUCUGUUUGAAGGUGCUGAAUGUGUUACAUUUUUGUAUAUUCAUGUAUCCAUAUAUGAUAGAGACUUGAUUUGUAUACUGAAUUUGUUAUAAUAAUAAUAAGAAAUCUUAUCCCAACGUA